AUGGCCACUUCCACCCCAGAUGACCUUGACCUUUUCAUCGACAACUACACCGAGACAAAAAACCCCGAGGCUUUCCUCAAACGCAAGACCUUGCCAGGACUUUUACUUUUUCUACCUUUCACGAUGCAAUUCAUCAAUGUAUCCUUGGCCAUAACCUCCUGGUAUUUGGCAUCCUCCUUGCCCAGGGUUUUCCUCGUAACCAGAGUGUUCAUUGUUCUUUCGUACUUGUUCAACGUAAUCACUUAUGCUUUCAUGGGCCUGCCUACUAUUCCCACGUACAGAGCGUUCUGGUGGGCUUUUUUGUUUAUGGUGGUCACAAUCGGCUUGCAAAUCGGCAGCAUUGUGGAAAUACAGCAGGCGAAGGCAUCGAUUGACCCUGUCGAUUUGCGGGUGCUGAUGGGUUUUGAUAUCUUUUCUCUUGUGACACUUACAUUUGCUCUAUGCUUUCACGCCGGUCAGCUUUACCUUAGCAGACGGUACUUACAGUGGAAAUUGAAUAGGGCGGCGAGUUGCAAAAGGAAAAAACACAAUAUUGCCAAUGCUCAAGGUGGAUGUUUGAAUUUGCAGAAAUUGGAGAGGGCCUUCCUCAGGUAG